AUCCCCGUGUAUGUCUGAUCCUUGGCCGCUUGGUUUCGUGUUGCUAUGCCAACAGACGCCGGGUACCCCAUCGAGUUACCCCUUCCGACACAGUCAAUUGACGGAGAUUAGCGGUCCCCUCUGAUUAGCGUGCUAUCGUCAACAAACCCCAAGUAAACUAUAUACCCCACUCAUUAGGAUGUUAUAGGGCUAUUUGCUAUAGUAGAGUGGUUUGGGGGCUUUCCAGUCUGGUUUCAUAGUUUUCCAAACAUUUAAUCUGGCGGAACUAUAUAUAACCAAAGAAAAUGACAGACGUUUCGGCACAUCGACCUCUUUCACCAAGGAAAUCUUCAAUGACCUGGUGGUCAAGACAUGACCCUGUUAAUAUGAUGCAAGGCCACACUGACCACUGGGCAAAGAUGAAACUCAAGUGUAAAACAUUUGAGGUCGCUGUGCCGUCUGGGAAGAUUGUCAGCUAUGCAGACCGUCAUGCGCCAAUGGUACCAAAGGGGGAGGGUCUGGCAACCUUUCAGUACAAUGAAAACGGCACUUUAUCCCGAGUUCAAGAUCCCACUUUCAAUUCCAUGCUCAUUCGGAAAAUGUCGGGACACCUUCCGGGUUCUUACGAUCUUCACCGACCAAAGCUGAGCAGCCGAUCUGAGUCACUUAAAACAACUUUUAAUCAACGUGCUAAAGACGGUUUCAACUACUGGCAAAUUGAGAGACCAAAACCAACGUCAUUCGGAAGGUAUGGCAUCGGAGCGGCGAACACGAUCUUGGGAAUAGGAAAUGCCUCCCGAACGUAGGA